GCUGAAAGUCCAUCGACAUUAUAGUAUAAUCAUUGGUCAUGAAAGCAUCGUAUUUGAUAUGUGGCUUAUACGUCCUGAUGAGCGUAGUAUGUGGCGAAAAUCGCGGAAUACGAGUUUACUUCGAUGACUUCGUAGUCAAGUAUAAGGCGCCAGACAUUUUUGUAAAGAUGGAUUCCAAUUUAACGCAAUCAAAUAAUCGGAGCUACAUUAACUUGGAGGUGAUACUUAAGAAAGAUGUUAAUGAUAUAAACGUUCGACUUUCGAUGGAGUUUUGGAAACCAAAUGCCAAGGCCAAAAUGAAAUUGUACGACGUUCGUGUGGAUGGUUGUCAAUUGCUUCGAAGUAUUCACCAAAAUAAACUGUUUAAUGUAUUUGUGAAGAGCUUUAAAAAGCAUGCCAAUGUUAUUUUGAUGUGUCCUCUUAAGGCGAACUACAGCUACAAGAUGGUGAAUUGGUUUUUGGAUGAAAAUGAUCUGCCGGCCUUUGUGCCGGUCGGCAAAUUUCGAACACUCACUGAAUAUUACACCCAACAGCGUUUGGGAAUACGUAUUGUGGCAAGCGGCGAUGUUUUGGCCAAACACUGAGCCAUUGCAAUAAAAUUGCAAAAAGGGGACAGUUAACAAAUAUGACUAUAAACUAAAUAGUCCU